UUGGGGGGGAGGCUGUGUUCCUGGAGCAGCCGGAACGAUCGGCAGCGAUACUGCUGCUGCUGCUGCAGCUGAGCGGAGCAGGGGCCGUGUGGGAUCUCCGCUGCUGAAACGGAAGGAACGUCCUCCGGGAGAUUAGGGGCAAAAGCCGUAGGUUGAAAUGACCGGGUGGAAGAUGACAGCAGAGCAGAAAAAGGAUGUGAAACAUCCGGAUGGUAAAAAGAACUGUCAUUGGGGAUUCUAGAUCAAUACUGCGUUCUCAGUUUAGGAAGGAAGACUGAACAAAGGGAUGACCUUAGCCGCAAUCGGAUGAACUGGCAAAAUCUGUUCGGACACAUCGAUGAGGAUGACCGUCACUUGGACCGGUGUGAGAAGAAGGCAAUUUCUUGACCGUUACCUUUGAUGAAGAGUUCAUUGUGGAGCCCGAGAGACCAGAGGAUUGUGAGGCAGAGCGGGAUAACAGGUCUACGUUAAACCAUUUUCUUCCACAGCCUCUAGCCAGCUCCGUACUAUGGUUCUUACGCGUUCGUUGACUUCCGUUACCUUCGGGUGAACAAAACGUUUAGUGGAAAUGUAUGCAUUCUACUCCCUGUUGGUCUACAUCUUCUACACUGUCUUCAAGAAGGAGGAGGAGUCAGCCUUGGGGGGGGAGGGGCCUGACGGAGCCACUGGUCAGACAAGGCAUGUUUCCAUGGAAACACAGAGCAGGAGGAGAAAUGGCCACACCCCCAGUUUAGCACGAAGGGGGUUUGAUGGGGUCAUUGACUCCGGAGGCAGUAGCGGUGACAGUGACGGCCUCAGUGAUGAAGAAGAAGAUGAUGACUGUGCUGUUGAGGAAGAUCCAGGGGCUGUAGCCAGCACCCCACUGGCUGCCUUCCUGUCCUUCAAGCAGGAGGCAGAGAAGAGGAGAGCUUCUCAUGCAUUGCUAGAAACUGGUGGAAAGGGUCCGGAGUCACCGCUGGUGGCGGUGAUGUCGCACCUGCUGAGCUUCCUCGAGCAGUACGCCCACCUGCAGCAGCUGCAGCAGCAGGCCGAGCAGUACCGGCUCCAGCUGCAGCGGCGCCGCGUCCGGCACCGACGCCAGGUCAAGGCGCUGCGGGCCUCCUACCGCCGGCGCCUCAGAGACAAGAGCAGCGUCAUCAGCACCCUGGAGGAGGCCAUUUCCCAGCAGCAGAGUGAGGGGGAUCGUGCGGCGUCCGGGUUCCAGGCGGGUCUACACAAGCUGGUGGAGUCUCUGUGCGGUCUGCAAGGGGAGCGCAGUCAGCUGCGAGGGGAACUGCGCUUGCUCCACGCCCAGCUGGAGCAGAAGGACCAGGACCGGCACGUCCGAGCGCAGGCCUUUCAGCAGCAGAUUGAGGAGCUGAAGAAGCACAUUGCAGAGCGAGAAGAUGAGUUGGCCAGACUGAGAACUGAGUCCGGCGUGACCGACUCCGAGAAACGAGUGCUCUGCUUGUCUGCUGAAAAUGAGAGUUUGAAGCAGAGCCUGACCGUGACACAGGGUCUCCUGCAGCAACUGUCGGUCCUUCCCUCCCAGUCCAGCUGCGUGCUUCUCAAGGAGAACGAGACACUGCGCAGCCGGGUGCAGCAGCUGGAGAGCUCGCUCCAGCAGCGUGGGGAUCAGCUCUCGUACCUGGAGCGCAGGAGCGAGCAGUCUGAGUGGCAGCGCUGCGAGGAGCUCCGCAGACGCGAGGAAAGACUGCGGGAGCUGCAGCUGGAGCUGGACAAGGAGCGCAGCAAAGAGCCCGUAGUAAAGUACGUCACCCAGACUGUGGAAGUGGAGUCACCCGCCACUCUGAGGCAGCUGGCUGAGGCCAAGGAGCACAAUGAGCUGCUGACGGAGAAGCUGGCCAGUCAGAGUAAGAAGUACAGGCAACUUGAGGAGCAGCUGAGAUGCUCAGAUGAAGUGUCUGGGAACCUGCAGCGCAAGAUCAUAGCCUACGAAGUGGAGAUUGAGAAGCUGCGAGGGGAGCUCUUGAAGGAGAUCGGGCACCUGGAGGAGCGAAAGGAGGAGGCAGUGAAGGCUGCUGCCGAGUGUUCCGAGCAGCACUUGCAAAACCUGCAGGAACAGUUCACGGGUCUGCAGAGGCGUUUAGCCGCCCUCCCCCCCACCCUACGAUCCAUGAAGACGGACUACGCCAGCCUACGGAGCCAAGUCCGCAACUUCUCUGAUUUCUAUGGUGCCGCGGUCAUGGAGGCCAAGAAACAGCUUACGGCAGUCAUCAGUGAGAUGUCAGAGGCCAACAAGGACCUACUGGAGAAGUACAGGAAGGAGGUGGCAUUGCGGAGGAAGUACCACGAACAGCUGGUGGAGCUCAAAGGUAACAUCCGUGUGCUGUGUCGGGUGAAACCCGUCCUGAAAGAGGACCAGCAUGAUGAGGGGCAGAUGGUGGUCGUGACCACAGACCCAAACAACGAGUCGGCCGUCACCGUGCUGCACAAAGGAAAGAGCCGCACCUUUGAGCUGGACAAGGUCUUCCACCCGCAGGCUACACAGGAAGAGGUCUUCCAGGAGAUUGAACCACUUGUGACCUCUUGCAUUGAUGGAUAUCAUGUCUGCAUCUUUGCAUAUGGACAGACAGGAUCUGGGAAGACAUACACGAUGGAGGGCACUGCGGAGAACCCGGGCAUCAAUCAGCGAGCUCUGAAGCAUCUCUUCAGUGAGAUUGAAGAUAGGAAGGACAUGUGGACUUACUCUGUCACCGUCAGCUCAGUGGAAAUCUACAAUGAAGUUCUCAGAGACCUGCUCAGUAAGGAUGGUGAGAAAUUGGACAUCAAGAUCAACCCAGAUGGUACUGGCCAGCUGCAUGUUCCAGGUCUAAGAGUAAUUGAUGUCAAGAGCUUCCAGCAUAUAAAGAAGAUUCUGGCCAAAGCAAGGCGGAACCGAGUCACGUUUGGUACCCAGAUGAACCACCACAGCUCCCGCUCUCACGCGUUAUUGACCGUCACUGUGCUGGGCACUGACCUCACCACUGGCACCAAAACCUCUGGGAAGCUGAACCUUGUGGACCUCGCGGGUUCAGAGCGGGUGUGGAAGUCAGGAGCAGAGGGAGAGCGCCUGAAAGAGGCUCAGAACAUCAACCGCUCCUUGCUAGCACUGGGAGAUGUGAUCCAAGCACUGAGGGGCCGCCAAACACACGUGCCGUUCAGGAACUCCAGACUCACCUACCUUCUGCAGGAUUCGCUGGGCAAGGGCAACAAAACCGCCAUGGUGGUACAGAUUUCUUCCCUGGAGCGAAAUGUCGAGGAAACCAUGUGCUCGCUGAAGUUCGCCCAGCGGGUGUGCAAGGUGGAGCUGGGACCUGCUGCACGCAAGAUUGAGACCGCGUCAAUGUGCGAGCAGAUCUGAAUCACCUUUCUCCAGAGGCAACCUCGUAUCCCGCAAUUCAGCAGCAAACCAACCAUAACACUUCAGAAAAAGUCAACACCGACUAUAGGGUGGGUGCUCAACUCUAGUACAAGGGCUGUUCAUAGAGGCUCCCAUCUCAUCAUCAGGACUCUUAAGUGGAUGCAGAAAUGAUGGGAAGAGAUCAGUCUUCAGCAAAAAAAUAUAAAUAAAAAAGGUCUGAAGGUCACUGGAAAGGAAGUGUUGGGGAAGUUACGACCUAAAAGCAUACAUUCCUAAAACCAGAAAAUUCCGAGCUGGACAUAGAAAACCGAAGUUGGCCUUGAGUCUUCUACAGGUUUGGAAAUUGAGCCUUCAGCUUUGGGAAGAAGCUGCUUUCCCUGGACUGACCAGCACACUGAGGUGUUUCUUCCUCAACGCGGCAGUCUCAGUGCCAACCAGGCUCGGCCUCAACAACCUUCCUCUCGCUCACACUCUUCCUGUGACCAUAUCGAAACCUUAGAGACCAGUAAGCUGCUUUCAUUGUCAGCAGAGGACUAGAGUACAAGUGUGUUCCACUGACAUCACGUCUCACAGUCUCCCAUCUGCCCUGGCUGAGUACCACGUUCAUUGUUCCAGCAUUUAGGAAUUUUACAUUGAUUUUAUCAGUCGGAAAAUUACCAUAGCUCUUGUAACUCAGUAAUUUAGUAGCAAGUAGGGGGUAUACUGUAAAUAUGCCUUGUGUUAAGUGGGCACACAAUAUGAAUGGUAGUUCAUAACCAGUUAUCUGCGUGAUGUCAAAUGAAAAACAAAUGUCAGGUGUCUGCUGUUUGGCCCUUUAGAGUCAUAUUCUAGUCAUUUACAUAAAAAUUGUCAGCUGUGACAUCCCAAGAAAUGGUUGCAAAAAAUAUUACAAAGCAGUCUUGUAAGAUUUUUUUUUUUGCCUGAUGGCCAACCUGGGCAUUUAUCUUUUCAAACAUAUAGCGAUAGUAUAAUAUCUAUUUAAGGAGUGAUACCUAUAAUAUUUUAUUAUAAGGUUUAUUUCUUUUUGUGCAAUACAAGGUGCUUGCUAUUUAAGCCAAAUGUUAGGCCAAAAGCUUUUGCCGUGGAUAAGUGUUUCAGAUGUUUAAUAUAAGUGGUAUUUAGCCAUUAUAGUGAAGUUGGGUUAAUCAGUCAUCAUAUUGGUUCUCUGAUAGCAUAGGCUUGGCAUCUAAUAAUAUAACUUUAAUUGUACCUGAAAGCCAGGAAAGUUUUUUCUAUGAAAAAUGUUUGCAGUUUGAUAUAAACCAACGGUCUACAAAAGCCAUCAACCUCACAGUUGCUGCGACCUUCUCUAACAAUUUCAGAAUAGUUCCUCCGCACUACUCUGAACAGUUAGGAAAUGAAUGGAAUUCUAUUUCAAAAAGUCACACUUACAAAAAUACAUAAUCGCCUAUUUUCAGCUCCUUAACAGACAGUCAGAUUUGCCAUUUUUUGCUCGGUUUAUGACGAAAAAAAACAAACUCAAUAACAUAACUUGUACCCAGCUCACAACUAUAAAGUAAACCCAUUUUAUAUCAGGACUGUUAUUGACAAUUAGUUAAUAUUAGACUUAACAGGAACCAAAUUAAGGGUGCAUGGAAGCUACACUUUUCCAGGUAUUCAAACCUUUAACUCAAUGUGUAACUGGGUGAGUAAUUUUGUGAACCUAGCCACAUGGCUAUAUAGUAACUAAAACUCCAGACUAUUCAUCAUGUAUGCGCCCAACCUGCAAGUACAACUUAUUCCUUAACUGUGAGUAGCCUAGGAAAAACUGCGAAGCUGUUGUAAUGCAGUAUGAGGACACUGGUAAUUAACUUACACACAGGAAUGCGUUUUAUAAAUCAAGUCUACAGAUAUUGCAAAUGAAGACUUAGAACUGUGUUCACCAAGGCUGUUGAUUUACACUUGGAGAAAACCUUUAACUCACAAUGACUAUUUAACAAAUCAUGCAAAGUGUAU